AUCCCUUCCGAACCAAAGAGUCACGAGGAAAUCGCGUGAAUCCUGUACCGAUGACGGUUUCGCUUGUGAUUUAUUUGAAGACAAAGAAUUUUCAGAAUUCCCGCGUUCUGAACCCAGAGUUGCGGUGCAACCUCACAUCUACAAUUUCUUUCCAAAAGAGAGUCCUCGUCCACCGGCUCGGGAGAGAAGGUCGUCCUUAGUAUCGUUUGCAUUUAUACCGGAGAUGCUUUUUUUUAUUAUUCGGGUCCGCUCGUCUUUCACAACAGACUUCUUGCAUCGCUGUCUUUUUCAAUUGGUUCAACUUCCAUCUCCUAAAGCAGGAGUGGCAGCCGAGUAGAAGUUGUUCCAUUUUGCGAUGCAAUUGCUGCAGGCUCCAUUGCUGAUGCAUGAGAGCGAGCCCCUCUCCAGCGUUACUAGUGAUGAGAGCUGCUAUCUUUAGGGUCGUUCUGUUCAAGGAUGCGCAACAAUCCACAUUCUUGUCAGAGAAUUCGCUGUCUCAGGAUUCGGCUAAUUCGUGAGAACAUGCUGGGAUUCCGCUCGUCUGGUCCUCAUAGACGUGAGAAGAAACUACACCUACGUUUCCCACAGCAGGAUUCGAGACAGCACCUCAACCAUAUGGUUCAAGUCAAGCACGAGUUUCAACUUCAACAGGACUUGUAUUGUAAGUGAUGCGUAGUUUAGAUACAAUAAUGAGAAGAUCAAUAAAGUGCAAGGUAGAUAUUAAGCUCAUGAGCACCAGAUUUCUCAGGUAGCAUUUGAGAAAGACGCCAUAGCCGCCAAUGCUGGAUGCAGGGUCACUGAUGGUUUCAGUCCGAACUGGUCAUACAGCAAUGAUUUAGAUGACCGAGUUUGAUUGGUAGGUGGUGUCAUUUAUGGUGGCUGGGGCUCUUGUGUGCGGACUCUGGGAGCCUUCAAAAAUGUCAUUGUAGGUUAGGCUCGUGCUCCUGUCUUGUCCAUAUCGGGUAGCCGCGGAGUAAUCCAGUUGGUGAUUCAAACUCCGAAUCAGCACAAUGGGGUGCUUUUCAUGUUGUUACUCUGUAUCGAAGGGCGAUAAAUUUGAAUCUUACAAGGGCCAGGAGCAGUUCAAGGUCUUAUUCGACCAAUGUUCGGCAAGUUCGCAGCCUGAUUCCGGUCGUAGCAAGCUGAAUGCACUUCAGCAGUUUGGAAGCGAGAAUGAUUUCGAGCAGAAGCCAGCAGCAGCAGCUGAGAUGUUUACAUUGGCGGAAAUGAUUCACGCAACUUCAAACUGGUCGCCGUCCCAUAAAAUAGGGCAAGGGGGUUUUGGUUUGGUGUAUAAAGGCAGACUAAGGGAUGGGAGGAUGGUGGCCAUCAAGCGCGGCAGGAAGGAUCAGUUUGCACAUCGGCUGUCGAGUGAGUUUCGCACGGAGGUUGAGAUGUUGUCUCAGGUGGACCACUUAAACCUCGUGAAACUAAUUGGCUAUUUGGAAGAAGGACCCGAAAGUAUUCUAGUCGUAGAGUACGUUCCGAAUGGCACCCUUGGUUCUCACCUAGAUGGCACUCACAAGAAUACACUCGACAUGAGCACUCGGUUGGAUAUUGCGAUAGACAUUGCACACGCACUGACAUAUCUCCAUCUUUACGCUGAUCGGCCAAUUAUACAUAGGGAUAUCAAGUCGUCGAACAUACUCAUCACGGAAAAGUAUCGAGCCAAGGUUGCCGAUUUUGGAUUCUCUCGGGUGGGACCGGCCACUGAAGCUGGGGCUACACAUGUCUCAACUCAAGUUAAAGGCACUGCAGGUUACUUGGAUCCCGAAUACCUGCACACAUAUCAGCUGCAUACGAAAAGUGAUGUUUAUUCUUUCGGCAUUUUGCUAGUUGAGAUUUUCACUGGCAGACGACCAAUUGAAUUGAGAAGGCCGAGUGACGAACGUAUUACUGUUAGAUGGGCGUUCAAGAAAUUCGUAGAAGGGAAGGUGGUUGACAUUCUUGACCCUAAAAUUGAGAAAACACCAGCUACAUUGAGCAUCAUUGAACCCCUGGCUGAGCUCGCAUUUGCCUGCUCGGCACCUACUAAGGCGGAUCGACCGAGCAUGAAGAAGGCAACUGAGGUUCUUUGGGACAUUCGAAAAGAUUAUAUGGUGGCACAUCAACGUAGUCUAAAAGCCCAGCAGAAUGAUAAUGAAAAAAUGCGCUAGAAUCACUGCAGCUGAAGCCGAUCAUUGUAUGCAUGGAGCAUGAAAUGAGCGUCCUAACAGAGGUUGAGCGAUGACCGGCAGAAAGUAUAAAGUAUGGAAUGCUUGAAACAACAUGCCCCAACGAUAUCCUACAAUUCAGAAAGGGAAGGAGGGAAAACAACCAUUCUAUUCGGCUGAAACAAUCCCCUCACCGCCCCCAACAGAAUCGGAUCCCAGGCGGGUUGAACGACAAAUAAAAACCUUCGCGGGGCUCUGUCAGCUGCCUAGUCGGCUGAUCAGUUUGGAACGUCACAGCAGCACAUUGGAAUAGCAUUCUGGACCGUUUCCUGAUAGGUCUACUUCGCUUCGGUUCCGUUUCGACUGCCGCAUUGAAGAAAAAAUUGAGGCAACUGUCGGCUGCUCAAUGUUUACAAAUACGUACUGCCGCGCUUGAUUCCCUACUGACGAUUCAGUGUCUUUAUAAUUAUUUCCGAGACCCUAAAUAAAAGUAGAAGUGGAUGGUUCAACAACUCAAACCCACUUUGAAGGACAUUUUUCGGUCGCGUAGAUGAACCGUACGUAACAUAAUUUAUGAGCUGGAAUGGAUGUCUAAAACCAAUAGGGACCACUGUAUCAGUGCGCAGAUCUUGUAGCACGUUAUUUUAGGUUUGGAAUUUACGUAGAAAGCUGAGUGUUUCUAUUAAGUAGCAAAUUUUCGCGCACUCAAGCCAAUGGCAAAAAUAAUGAUAAAAAUCUCUCCGUUCCGUUUAUAUACAUAACUCACCAACGAAAUGUAGUGAGCCUGCCAUAUCUCAGGUGGUGAGGCAAUUGAGGGAUGCUACAAGGUUUUGCGAAGGGUAAAAUGGACAUUAAAAGCCAUUCUUUAACUUUAAGCUGCUGCCUCAUUCAAGUA